AUUUGACUCAGCGCCCAUUGACAUCUCCUCGACAUCCUCCUCGACAUCCUCCUCCUCCUCGACCCGACGCGAACACAGCGGCGGCACGCUCGCUGUUUUGCGCAGCCAUGUGGUUUCUCUCCUCAGCUCUGAGGCGAGCAGGCUGGGUUCCGAGGCGGUCAUUCGCCACGGCCACGGAGUCUCCCCGCAUCCCGCAAACUAUCAUCGAGAAGGUCGUACAGAAGUAUGCCGUCGACCUCCCUCCACAAAAGGUUGUCAAGGCGGGCGACUAUGUCAUGAUACGUCCGGAGCAUGUCAUGACGCACGACAACACGGGCCCGGUCAUAUCCAAAUUCAAGUCCAUCGGGGCUACUCGCAUCAAGAACCCCUCUCAAUUGGUCUUUACGCUUGAUCACGACGUUCAGAACAAGUCCGACAAGAACCUGCACAAGUAUGCGUCGAUAGAGGCCUUCGCGCGGACACAUGACAUCGACUUCUACCCUGCCGGCCGUGGCAUCGGUCACCAAAUCCUGGUGGAAGAGGGUUAUGCUUUCCCGUACACGAUGACCGUGGCAAGCGACAGUCACAGCAACAUGUACGGCGGUGUAGGCUGCGUCGGUACACCGAUCGUGCGCACGGAUGCUGCUGCGCUUUGGGCGACGGGCAAGACGUGGUGGCAGGUCCCGCGCAUGGUUAAGGUCGAGUUCAAGGGCCAGCUUGCCCCUGGGGUUACUGGCAAGGACGUCAUUGUCGCGCUCUGUGGAUGCUUCAACAACGACGAGGUGCUCAACGCGGCUAUUGAGUUCACGGGCGAGGGCGUUUCCGCACUCUCGGUCGACGACCGGCUCACAAUCUCGAACAUGACGACGGAAUGGGGUGCACUGGCAGGUGUCUUCCCCGUGGACGAUACCUUGCUCGAGUGGUACGAGCGCGCGCUGAAGAAGCUCGAGCUGCGGACGUUUGCCUCGCCUGCGCUCGCCGCUGCCAUCCCUGCCCCCCCGGAACACCCUCGCAUCAACCGCCGUCACCUCGACGAAGUGCGCGCGCUGCAGCUCGCCUCGGACCCCGACGCGACGUACGCGUCGCACCUUGUCUUCGACCUGUCCACGCUCGUCCCGUACGUAUCCGGCCCAAAUAGUGUCAAGGUGUCGAACCCACUCCCAGCCCUCGAGGAGAAGCACAUCGCGAUCAACAAAGCGUACCUCCUCAGCUGCACGAACGCGCGGUUGUCCGACAUCUCUGCCGCAGCGGCAGUGAUGAAGGGUCACAAGGUCGCUCCUGGCGUGGAGUUCUACGUCGCUGCGGCGAGCUCGGAGGUUCAGUUGGACGCGGAACGUCAAGGUGACUGGCAGACUCUUAUUCAGGCUGGCGCGAAGCCGUUGCCCUCGGGCUGUGGGCCGUGCAUUGGGCUAGGAACGGGUCUUUUAGAGGACGGCCAGGUUGGGAUCAGCGCGACGAACCGGAACUACAAGGGACGGAUGGGUAGCCCAAAGGCGCAAGCGUACUUGGCGAGCCCGGCUGUGGUGGCGGCGAGCGCAGUGAAGGGCUACAUCUGCAGCCCGGACACCUUGGACCCCGCUAGGCUACCUUCCGCAGGCGCCCCUACCUUCUCGAUCGCGACGCCGACGACUCAGUCUACGCCUGCGAGCGCUGCCUUAACGAAGGAGUCCGUCCUCCCCGGCUUCCCCGCGACAUUCGCCGGGCCGCUGCUCUUCGCGCCCCAGGACAAUCUGAACACGGACGCGCUCUACCCUGGCAAGUACACGUACCAGGAUGACAUCACGCUCGAGCGCCAGGCAGAGGUGGUCAUGGAGAACUACGACCCGUCUUUCGCGGGGCUCGUCGCCUCGAUUCGCAAGGACCAGUCGUCCGCGCCCGCGCCCGAGCCGUCAGUCAAGCCGGGUGUGAUACUCGUGUCGGGAUACAACUUCGGCACGGGCUCGUCGCGCGAACAGGCCGCGACGGCGCUCAAGGCGGCGGGCGUGCCGCUCGUGCUCGCGGGCUCAUUCGGCGACAUCUUCAAGCGGAACGCGAUUAACAACGGGCUCGUGUGCGUGGAAUGCCCCGAGCUUGUCGCGGACCUUACGCGAGAGUACGCGGGAGAUGGGAAGCGCGGUGCGGGCGGGAAGAAUGGCGAACUGACGGUGAAUGAGGGAUUGAGCGUGGAGGUGCAUGUUGCGGAGGGCCGCGUGGAGGUGAGCAGGCCGGGCACGGAGAAGAAGACGUAUAGCGUUGGGGUUGUCGGUGCGAGUGUGCAGGAGUUGUGGGUCUGCGGUGGGUUGGAAGGCUAUGUGCUCAAGUCUAUCCAGGCAGAGGCGUGAAGACGGGAGCAAAAAGUAAUAUUACGAUGUACAGAGUAUUAUCUAGACACAUUCAUACUAUUCUCUCAGCAUUCCAA